AUGCCCGCGGCGGCGUUCGACCCGGUCGCGAAGAACAGAAUAUGGAAGGAGUUCUGCGACAGAGAGACGGCGACUAUCAAACUGAACACACACUUCUCCGUGUCCGAUCCGUCGAAGCUGGACGUCUUCCCCGAGAAGCCGAACAACAUGGUCCCGGAGUUGUCGUUGGAUCAAGCGGAGAUGGACGAGGCGAACGACAAACUUCGAGAGCUGUGCACGGUCCGCGACGCGUUUAAACCGCCGCAGGAGAAGUACGACCUCCCGAUGACGUCGUCGCAGGAGAUCGGGUGGGCGACGCGGAUGUUGAUGCCGCGCAACCCGAUGUUCCACAAGCCGAGGAACUCGUGCGACAUCACGCGGUACGCGGAUGCGUACUACGCGGAUAAAGGAGUGACCCCUUUCACGCAAGUCGGUCCCAAGUUCGCGGACCCCAACCAGGGGUUGUGA